AUGGCGGACGUGCCAGACGGCAGUGCGCCAGAAGUGGUGGAGGAGCACGCCAAGGAAACCCUUCGUAGCAGGCUAUGGCGCUCCUUCGGUCGAGCAAUCCGCAGCAAGGAAAUGAAGGAGGCGUGUGCCUUUUACGACGCCGUCCGCAGGGAUGCUCGUCGAUGUGAUCCAAAGACUGUUGUGGAUGUUUGUGGAGGACAUGGUGGUCUCGGGAUGCUGUUCGUCGCUCACGGAAUCGCAGGGCGUCUCGUGAUCAUCGAUCAGUCCAAGCCACCUUCGCAUGAGCUUCUGAGAGCAGCCUGGUCCGAGUAUCUGGGGACCGCUUCUGUGUCCUAUGAUGCGAGGCCCUUGCGGGAGGCAUUGCCUGAAGUCCUCCGCGCCUGUGAGGACAGCGUGCUGGUCGUCGCCUGUCAUGCUUGUCAGCACUUGGCACGGGAGAUUGUGGACUGCUGCCUGGCUCGCAAAGCCUCCUUUGCCGUCUGUCCCUGCUGCCCGAAAGAUCCGGACGGAAGUAUUCAAGCGGCAGCAACAGCAAUGGGUGUGGACUUCAGUGCGGCCAUGAUCCUUGCAGAAAUGGGUCGAGUCGCACCCCGCUGCCGCGUUGCGCUCCGGAUGUUCGACUCUCAGAUCUCACCGCACAACCGCAUCCUCUUUGGCCGCCUCGGCCCGAGUGAUGGCGACCGCGACGAUCCGCCACGCGCUUCGGUACAGGACGGCCAGGACGUCGAGCUCGAGACUCGCGGCGGUUACCCAAACGGUGCUGAGGAAAGGCUGCGACGUGCAUAUGAAAGAGCGCAUGCUCACUCACACGGGACAGCUGCAUCCGGUACAGCGGGCCUUUGGUCGACCGAGGAGGCUUUAGCAUCGCUCCGUCGGGGCGACGACGAGCUACGCCGGAAGACGGAUGCUGUGCAUGAGCUGCUGGCGCCCCUGCGAGGCGAUGGCAGCUUGGCUGCUGCUUUGGACGCACUCGAGGUGCGAGAGUCGCCUCGUCAGCACUUCCGAGCAAGGACCAUCGUCGCAGUGGGAGCCAGCCCCGCGUCAGACGGCUCGGACGGUGCAGGUCUUUUCAGGUACGUGCCAGAUGGGAGCCGCGGCCUCACACUUGAGGCCAACAUAAGCAAGGAGACGUUGCUCACCCAGAUCUCGGCCGCACUUCCAGCUGUGGCGGACCUGCUGGGAAGUUCGGAGCGGCUGGGUGAGAUGCUUCGCGGGCUGCGCUGUGUGAAAUUUCACGGCACCCUCGGCGGAAAACCGCCUCAGCUGCUGGUUUGCUUGGUCUACGGCCCCGAAGCUGCUCCCGCGGAAGGAUUUCUCCUCGAGGAGCUGCGCCUUCGUCUGGAGGAGUCACUCUGCGCAGCGGGACACGCGACUGAGGUUGUCACAAUGGCAUCCGCAAAGGGCACAACGCGAUGCUGUCCGGAAGGCCGUGACUUUGUGGAUGAACUUCUGGAGAUUCCAGGUCGAGGGCCUCUGAGCUAUCGCCAGCCUUUCGGACAGUUCUCGAACCCGAACCCGCACAUAGCGAUUGCCACUGCCGACUGGCUUUCUGAAAUUGUCCAGCACGAACUUGGUGGCACGACGGAUUUGUUGGAGCUGUACUGUGGUGCCGGGAGUCAUACGCUGGUGCUGGCACCCCUUUUCCGGCACGUCUUGGCAGUUGAGAUUAACCGACACCUUGUUGCUGCAGCAAAGCACAACGUGACGUCGAAUGGCCUGGAGAAUGUAACCGUCAUGAGAGCGCCGUCCGAAGACUUUUGCAGGCGGGUGCUCCGUCGCCGCGGCUAUGAGCUGCGCAGUGAACAUGCUCCGCCUCUUCAGCUUCGCUUUGGAUGCACUGUCGUGGACCCCCCCAGAGCCGGUUUGGACUCGGUCACCCUGGAGGCGGUAGCAGGCUAUGACCAUGUCCUUUACGUCUCCUGCAAUCCACAAGCACUGCGAUCCAACCUCGAAGUGCUGUUGAACACCCACGAUGUUUGUCGACUGGUGUUGCUUGACCACUUUCCCUGCUCAGCGCAUGUCGAGAUGGCAGUGCACCUCAGAAAGCGAUCCAACGCAGCGGAGUCGUAA